AUGUCUUUCGAUUGGAAAUUAAAUCCGCCCUAUUCAAACUUGAAACAAGACGAGAAAUUAAUUCAAUAUCAUGCAUCAUGUUACUGUGGAUUCGUUCAAUAUGUAAUUUAUGAUGAAUUUCCAGUCGAUUCAACGUAUUGUCAUUGCCAUGGAUGUCAAAUAUUACAAGGUGCACCGUAUCAAUGGGCGUGUAUAUUUCCGAAGACAUCUUUAUAUUUUCAAUCGGGCUUAGAUUCAUUGAAAUUUUAUAACAAUGGGGAAAAUAUACAAGAUCAUGUUUUACCAUGUAAAGUUAGUUGUAAAUAUUGUUCAACGCCGUUGGCUGACGAAGGACGUCGAAUGUGGUUAGCGUUUCCGCAAUCUUUCAAAGAAUUUCGUCAAUCGGAAAGUGUUCGAGAAAAAUUAAAACCAUCGUGUCAUAUUUUUUAUGGACAAAGAACAAUUCUAGGGAAUUUUUUAAAGAAUGAUGGACUGAAGAAAUUUGAAGGGCACAAGAACAAAUCGAAAGAAAUCUUAGAUGAAUAA